CCCAUCGCCAUUCUUAUCGUCAAUCAAUAUUCCCCUUUUUCUCUCUCUCUUUCUCUCUCGCGCAGCAGCAAUGGAUGUCAUGUUUGCUCAACGAUCGUCGUCCUCCUUGAAUCCGAACGCCCCGCUGUUCGUCCCGAUGGCUUACCAGGCGGUGGAGGAUUUCUCCGAUCAGUGGUGGUCGCUCAUCCAAUCCUCCACCUGGUUCCGCGACUACUGGCUCCAGGAGCGCUACCAGGAUCCCCAAUCCGACUUCUUCCUCCCCGAAGACCUCGAUUUCUUCGACGACGGCGCCGAUUUCCUCAGCGGCAAAGAUGUGGAGGAGAAGGAAGAGGAAGUGGCCCGGAUGAAAUGGGACAUGGUGUCGGUGGGAUCGACGAAAUGGAGGAAGAGCGAUCUGGCUCGGUCGCCGAGGUAUGCGGAGAAGGCGGCGAAGAUUGUGAAUGUGAAGGUGAGUCCGAGGACGAUUCAGCAGCCGAGGUAGAUUAUUGGUGGUGAGUCAGGAAGUAGAAGGAGACCGAGUUUGGGGGGUUCUUUUUCCUUUGUGUAGUGUUAUUGUAAAUAGUGCAGAAGAGUGUUUGCUUUGACGAUAGUCAGGAUGAUCUUCUUCAUGAAUCGUGAUUUCCUUUCUGGGUUCUAUUACCCAAGUUUCCGCUUAGCUUGUACCUUGUACCAGUUUCAGUUACCCCCCAAAAGCUAAUGUAAUGUAGAAAGAAAAAGAAGUACAAAAACAAUGAAAGAACAGAACUUUGUUACCGUUUCUACAAA